AUGGACAAAGGCAUCAGAAAUGGCCUCGGGCGCAAGCGGGCGGACAAACAGCAGGACCAGACAGCGGCACGUUUUAGAGCAGACUCUAGUGACGGUGGUGGUGGUGAUGUUGAUGUGGCUGGUGUUGACACUAGUGUUAGUUUAGAAAGUGGUGGUGAUGUUGAUGCAGCAAGAGUUGCUGAUGUUAGUUCAGAUAGUGAUGGUAGUGGUGAUGUUAGUGCAGCUUGUGGUGACGCUAAUAUUAGUUCAGAAAGUGAUGAUGCUAUUGAUGUUGAUGCAACAAGAGUUCCUGAUGUUAGUUCAGAUAGUGAUGGUGUGGUGGCUGAUGGUGUUGAUAUGGCUGGUGUUGACGCUAAUAUUAGUUCAGAAAGUGAUGAUGCUAUUGAUGUUGAUGCAGCUCGUGAUGAUGUUAGUUCAGAUAGUUCAGGUAGUGGUGAUGUUAGUGCAGCUUGUGGUGACGCUAAUAUUAGUUCAGAAAGUGAUGAUGAUGCUAUUGAUGUUGAUGCAGCAAGAGUUCCUGAUAGUGAUGGCGAUGUUGAUGUGGCUGGUGUUGACGCUAAUAAUAGUUUAUCUACUGAUGAUGAUGCUAUUGAUGUUGAUGCAUCUCGUGAUGAUAUUAGUUCAGAUAGUGAUGGUAGUGGUGAUGGUGUUGAUGUGGCUGGUGUUGACGCUAAUAUUACCCGUGAUGGUGUCGAUUCAGCAAGAUGGUCCCCCGACCUGAUUGCAGCGUGA